AUUUUUGGUCACAAGCAGUGGUGGACAAUGAAGAGCAAGAAUUUCGACACUUUAUUGUUAUUCAAAGUGGGGAAGUUUUAUGAGUUAUAUCACAUGGAUGCCGUGAUCGCAGUGGAUUGUCUAGGCCUGACGUUCAUGAGGGGCGCGUUUGCUCACGCUGGAUUUCCUGAAGCUGCCUAUGGUAAAUUCGCUGAUCAGUUAGUCUCACGUGGCUAUAAAGUCGCUCGCAUUGAACAGACAGAAACACCUCAACAGUUAGAGGAACGAAAUCGUAAUGCAGGUUUUGGCAAGGACAAGGUGGUGCGCCGAGAAAUCUGUCGUGUCACGACAAGUGCAACGCGGACGUAUGCGGUAAUUGAUGGAUGCAGUACUUCCAGUGGAGAAACAGAUAAUGGAGAAUCUCAGUCGAAAUACCUACUAAGUAUCAAAGAAGGUGCUUAUGAUCAUGAACCUACAUACGGAAUAUGUCUCGUCGAUACUUCAGUGGGGAAAUUUUUUGUUGGUGAAUUUCUUGACGAUGAUUACUCUUCUUAUUUGCGUACACUAAUUGCCAACUUUACACCUGCACAGGUAUUAUUCGAAAGAGGGAACCUAUCCACACAUUGUAAGAUCAUUCUAAAUGGCGUACUAAACUCAGUGCAGAAGGAGGGUUUGAUACCUAAGAGGCAGUUCCUAGAUGCAGAGGAAACCGUGAAACUGUUAUCUAACGAUAAAUAUCUUGGAGUUGAUUUUUCCACCUGGCCUGGAACUUUGCGAAACAUGCUGGAUCAAGACUCCAUUGUAGCGAAGCCAAACAAGAAUUCCAUGUUAGCAGUAAGUGCACUCGGAGCCGUGCUUUACUACCUGCAGCGCUGCCUAAUCGAUGUAGAUAUGAUAACUAUGCGUGACUUUACGCGGCUCGAACCCAUUGAACACUUUUCGAAAGAAGAAUGUAGUGAAAGCACAUGGUCAAAUCGCCAAAUGAUACUUGAUGGAAUCACACUGGAGAAUCUCAAUCUUAUUCCUGGCGAUAAUCGCGACUUACAAACAGCAUCACUUUCACUCUAUAGCACUUUAAACAAGUGCCAGACCUCAUUUGGGAAGAGAAUGCUUCAUCAGUGGAUUUGUUCUCCUAUUUGCCACUUGACGACUUUAAAAGAACGUCAGGAUGCAAUUGAAUUUCUGAUGUCACCCGCAAAUGUACGGCUUAUGGAAGAAAUAGGCGAGUUACUGCGCAAAAUGCCUGAUCUUGAAAGACUCUUGCAGAAGAUCCAUACACUGGGUUUAAAAUAUCGCACAGAGUCACAUCCCGAUGGUCGUGCGGUGCUGUUCGAGGCUGUGAGCUACAAUAAGCGAAAGAUCAAAGAUCUCCUUAGCACACUUGCUGGUUUCCAAGCAUGCAGUGACCUUAUUGAGAUAUAUACAAGGUUUAGAAAGCAUAGCGAGGGGUGUCGUCUACUAGAUCAAUGUCUUGGUCGUGACGACGGAGACGACUUGGAUUCUCACUUGAACCAUUUUUCGAAGUUAUUUGACCAUUCUUUGGCGGAAAAAGAAGGAAUGAUCACUCCUCAAAAAGGACUAGAUUUUGAGUACGAUAAUGCUUGUAGAAAUGUCGACAAGGCAAUGCACGAUUUGGAAGUUACCUAUUUUGGCAGUGGAAAAAACAGAUUCCAGAUGGAAAUCCCGGAGAGCGUCAAUCCACCUCGCUACUAUGAGUUUAAAUCCCGUAGAAAGGGUUUUAACCGCUAUUCUACUGAAGAACUUGAGGAAUUAAUUGAAGAGGUUAUAAAGGCGGAGGCAUAUAAAGACUUGCAAAUAGAAGACGCUACUCGAAGAGUAUUUUCUGAUUUUGACAGCAGGCAUAUCUGGACAGGCGUGGUAAAUCGCGUGUCGCAAGUAGACGUUCUUUUGUCGUUGGCGCGAUAUUGCCAGACAUGUGGGCUCGCACUAUGCCGUCCAGAAUUUGUCUAUGACUCCAAAGGAUAUCAUCCGUGCUUAGCUACGAAAUUGCCAACCAACGAUACUACGGCUACUUUUACGUACAUUGCAAAUGACUCGUUUCUUGGUGGCGCUCACCCACCAGUCGUCUUGUUAACUGGUCCGAACAUGGGCGGUAAAUCCACGCUUAUGAGGCAAGUUGCAGUUCUGACUGUUCUAGCUCAUAUGGGAUCCUUCGUACCAGCACGGUCAAUGCGCUUAACGCCUGUUGACAGAAUUUUCACAAGAAUCGGUGCCAACGACAGGCUUAUCUGUGGACAAUCCACUUUCUUCGUUGAAUUGCGAGAGACACUCAUUAUUCUUCGUAACGCAACAAAGCAUUCGCUUGUCCUUAUUGAUGAACUUGGCAGAGGAACAAGCACCUUUGAUGGUACGGCAAUCGCAUCAGCUGUUCUGUCACAUUUGUCACGUAGAAUACAAUGCCGUUCAUUCUUCUCCACUCAUUACCACUCACUUUGCAAAUCUGCUACUAUUAAUUCAAAUAUCACCUUGGCACAUAUGGCAUGUAUGGUGGAAAAUGAAGAUGAAGCAAAUCCAACGGAGGAGUGUGUCACAUUCCUUUACCGUCUUGCCGAUGGCGUUUGCCCAAAAUCCUAUGGUUUCUUCGCUGCGAGAUUAGCAGGCGUAAAGCCGGAGGUAGUGAGGAAUGCAUAUGAUGCAAGUACUACCUUUUUCGACUCUGCGAGUCGUAAACGGAUUGCAAUUGCUGCGAUCAAAGAAGCGGCCCGCGGUGGUGCUUCCGUGACACAGCUGCGCGAGAUGGUCAACAGUCUGUAA